AUGUCCGAGCCGCUUCUGAGCAGCUCCCAGAUCACCGCCUUGCGCGCCUCGGAGCUCGAGCAGUGGAAGACGCAGGAGAACGCCGCCGACCUCAUGGUGCCGCUCAUCGGUCGUCUCUACCGCGAGCACAACGUCGUGACCGUGCUCUUUGGCAAAGGCCUCGUGCACCAGAACAGCAUCGAGCUCAUGAAGCUCCACAGCUUCGUCUGCAAGUACGUGGGCAAGCGCCUGCAGCCAACCGACACGCUCGUGGUCCUCCAAGCGCUCGUGCAGUACGCGCCCAAUGCGCGCGGCAUGCGCAUUGACCUCGGCCGUACGUUCGUCACGGUGGAAAGUCACGUGCGGGACGUGCACGCGCAGCGCGACCCUGCGGCACGCGACGUGCAGGUGCGCGCGAUCGGCGAGCAGCUAAACGCUGCGAUGGCGCCACUCGCGUCGGCCCCGAUCUUCACGCCCAAUGACGUGGUUCUCUACGGCUUUGGACGGAUCGGUCGCCUCUUGGCGCGGCUGCUGAUUGAGAAGAGCGGCCCGGGCGUGAAGCUCAUGCUGCGCGCGAUUGUCGUGCGCAAAGGCACGAAGGAGGAUUUGAUCAAGCGCGCGAGUCUGCUGCGGCGCGACUCGGUGCACGGUCCGUUCCAUGGCAGUAUCACGUUCCACGAGGACGCCAACGCCAUUAUCGCCAAUGGCAACCUCAUCCAGAUCAUCUACUCGGACGGACCGGACAAGUGUGACUAUACCAAGUACGGGAUCAAUAACGCCGUGGUGAUUGAUAAUACUGGACGCUGGCGCGACGCCGAGGCGCUGGGUCUGCACCUCCAGUCGCCUGGUGUGUCGAAAGUCAUUCUGACGGCCCCUGCAAAGGCAACGUGCCCACGAUUGUUGCGGGCGUGA